ACUGCAGUUAAUUGAAUUUAAUUCUUGAACUUAAUAGUAAUAUAUUCUAUAAUAUGUUAUAAGCUUCAACUAAAUUUUGCUGUAUCGUUUUAAAUUCAUGUCUACUAUAUGCGAUUUGAAAACGUGGAAUUUAUGUCAGUGGGUAACUGGAUCAUUAGUUAUUUACGAUCUUAUUUUGCAACGUUUAAGCGGAGAAUGUAUUAUAAGUAUUCUGGUACAAGAUACUACACGAAAGAAAUUGUUUUUUAUUGAAAUUUGUUUAACUAAAUUAAAAUUAAAAAUGUCAACCGGUAGUGACCAAAGGACGGAUGCAGCUGUGGAAGUGCGAAACUAUUUCCUUAACCUGCUGGAGCAAGACAAGGAUUUAUCCUCGGGCAUAGCGGCAAUUAAAACCUUACUUAUGAUACUGGAGAAGAAGCGAUUUGACACCAUCCAUAUACUGCACACUACAAUGCGUGACGCGGUGGCAGCUAUGCGCAACACAGAUCUAUCCAUAGCAGCUGUCGUUUCUGGAGGUGAACUAUUUUGUCGUUUUAUUACAUUGAGCUUAGAUGACAAACAUAUGGAGGAGUGUCGACAAAUUAUGUUACAUCGUGGUAAAAUAUUCUUGACAAAGCUGUUGAACUCUCGCAAUGUUAUUGCACAACAAGCCAAGAAAUUUGUAACAGAUGGUUGUCGUGUUCUAACGCAUUCCCGAUCACGGGUUGUGCUAAAAGCACUCAUAAGUGCAGCUAAAAAUAAAGAGUUUCAUGUCUAUGUGACACAAGGAGGACCUGAUAACUCAGGUACUGAAAUGGUAGCUGAUUUGGAGAAAGCUGGAAUAAGUAGCACGUUAAUUUUGGAUUCUGCAACAGGAUAUGUUAUGGAAUCAGUAGAUUUUGUUAUGGUUGGAGCUGAAGCUGUAGUUGAAAGCGGCGGCAUAAUAAAUCGUAUCGGCACUUUUACCAUGGGAUUAUGUGCGCGAGAAAUGAAGAAGCCUUUUUACGUCUUGGCUGAGAGCUUUAAAUUUACACGACUGUUUCCACUAAACCAGCGAGAUUUACCUGAUGAAUAUAAAUAUUCACGUAAACAUUUGGUUGACGUGUCGAAAGUGCAUCCACAAGUUGAUUACACACCACCUGCAUACAUCACACUAUUGUUCACUGAUUUGGGCAUUCUAACACCAUCUGCUGUGAGCGAUGAAUUAAUAAAACUAUAUAUGUAAUAUAUAAAAUACUUAAAUUUAAAAAAAAAAAAUUAUAAGAAAUAUAAAUCCAAGAAUCUUAUAAAUGGA